AUGAAUUCUAUGUGGUUCACUAGGCAAUUUUCUAGCUCACAUAGAGUCAUGCUUGUUAGCCUCUAUUGCUCAUGUGUGAAAAACAUGCUAUGA